AUGAGAGAGAGGCUUGGAAGAAUGUUGAUAGGGAACAGCAAGUCAGGUGAGCCGAUUACUGCUGAUGAUCUUGGUGUUGGAGGUGCCUUGACUGUCCUAAUGAAAGAUGCUAUUCAUCCGACCCUCAUGCAAACUCUUGAAGGCACACCAGUGUUAGUACAUGCUGGACCAUUUCCUAACAUUGCUCAUGGAAACUCUUCAAUUGUUGCUGAUAAGAUUGCUUUGAAGUUGGUUGGGAAGGGUGGCUUUGUUGUUUCUGAGGCAUGUUUUGGAGCUGAUAUCGGAACUGAGAAGUUCAUGGAUAUAAAGUGUAGGUACAGUGGAUUGGUGCCACAGUGUGCUAUUAUUGUGGCCACAAUUCGAGCUCUUAAAAUGCAUGGAGGGGGCCUCUAG